GUUUCAGUGUUGUAUUGCUCAUCUCUUUGCGCUUUACAGAGUUACGAAAAUGCGAGUGAAGGGUCGUCCUACGAAGAUGUAUCCACAAUGUUUGGAGAGUGACGAUGGCGACGAGUGUUACGAUCCUGCUAAAGAGAUUUUCAUUACUGAUGCCAGCCAAGUUGGUCACAUAACGUUGAAAGCCAGUCGUGCAGAUCGAUGCAGACGGGAGGCUGUUAAGCGAAGGCUUACCAAGCAGCAACACCAGUUUGAGAGAAUAUGGCUUCGAUGUAUGCGAGCAACAAAGGGAGCUGAUCGUUCGCAGAAGAAACCGAAACGAGUAUGGGUGGACGAAGACAAACAAAGAGGGCGGCCGAAGAGAGGUCGUCCUCGGAAAUCCCUGGUCCAGGCUAUGACUGAAACUGAAGCUCCUAAUCUGACGCAAGUCCAAACGAAGUCCCGCCUUGUGCAUCGUGUGCGACGGUAUGGAGUGGCAGUGGAACCUCGCCAUUAUGAGCGAAAGACCAUACAUCUACCUCAAGAAGGUGGUUUGGGAAGCCAGCAUGUGCCUGGAGUGACACUAGGCUUGUCUUGGGAUAAUGGACACAUGGAGUUGGAGCCUACACGAGAGGAGAAAAGAAUAGCACGGGAGCUGAAACGAAGAGUAAAACUUGAAGAGUUGGAACGCAAAAGGGAAGCAAGAAGACUCAAAAGGGAAAUGAAGGAAAAGUUGACGAGGGAGAGAAGAGAAAGGCGUGUUACAGAGCGUCAAAAGCGAGAAGAGGAACGAUUAGCUAGUUUGAGAAAAGAAGGAGAAACAGUUCGCAAGACAGAAACAAAUGAAGAGAUAAAGAAACUUUAUGUGCCGGACGUAGACGAUGAAUCUCAAUCAAUACAUGACAUGAGUUUUUGCUAUGGAACUUUCCCCACUGGGAAAAUCUUCAACGGCAAAUGGCUGGUUCUAGAAGAAAUAUUUCCGAACCGGCAUGGAGUGGCAGCUUAUUACGUAGUGGAAAAUGAUGAGCAUAAAAUCGAGGGCAUUUUGUAUGCGCAAGAUAUGAGUAAUUCGUUUGCACACCUUCCAGAAGAGGUCUAUUUCUUACAGACGCAGUCGGAUAAUGGCCGAAGCUACUUGUUUCAAACAGUGAUCGAUUGUCAGUUGGUGUCAGCGCCAGAUCAUCCAGACUUCUUUUAUUGUGUCUUUAUUUCACGUAAAUCAGCCUCACUUGCGGAUUUAUGGAACCGUUACCCUAAAGAGCAUUUAUUCAAGAAAGAAGGUGAAGCAAACAAGGCUUGGAGUCUUGGUACUGUAGGGCGACUUGCUGCUGAUAUAUUAUCGAUCAUCGAGGCGACUUACGAAGCGGGAUACACCUUCCGCAGCAUAGAUUUAUCUCACUUCCGCUUGGAUUUGAGGACCAGACGACUUUUCUUGGAGAAUGCCAGUGAGGUUGUAGUCAGCACUGAACUGACGGACUUACGGUUGAGAAAUGGGGAACAUGUAUGUCACAAUUACUGGCAGGGUUGCCUUGAAUAUGCACCACUCAGCUUGCACCAUAAGGGUAGAGAAAGUAUCAUGAGAGCAGCAGAUUGCGCUGAGGUACUGUUUUACAUAAUACUGGACCUGCUAGGACUGCUUACGUGGCGAGGGCUAGAUGAGUCCCAGACUGCAAAAUGCAAAGAGGAGUUUAUGACCCAGAAUCGUAAAAAAGUGCCGGCUCCCUUGUACGACUAUUGGAAAAUUGUUCAAAAUGCUCAAGCAAUAGAUGCGAGUAAGCUCCGACGUCAGGAUGAUUAUUUAUUGUUAGAUGGUGUACGUGGUGGAGCUACAGUAUCAGUUCUUGACUUCCGCAAGUUGGCUGCGAGAUUGGUAACCGUGUACGAAGUAUUUGGUGGUGUUGUUGACGAAAGUGCGCCGUACGACUUCGAAGUGGUAGACGAUCCUGCCGAGAAGACCUGCGAACAGCAGCGCGAAGACAGUUUAGUCCAAAGAAAGGAAUUUCUCAAACACAAACAGGAUGUUCUUGGAGCACAGGAUGAUGCAAUGACGAUGCGCGAAGAAUUAGGGAAAAGAAGUGAAGCUCAGACUGAAAGAGAACGAGCUGAGGCGAUGCAAGAUGCGAAUGUGAGCGAGCAGCAGGAUCUGAAAGUAUCUACUUCGGACGAUGAGCAUGAAUAUGAUGAUUAGUUAUCUCGUAGAUUGGUGCUUCAUUAUCAUUUUCAGAAGUACUUUUCCUUCUUUUACUAUUUACUACCUCUUAAUUGUAGUACUUAUCCAGUUAAUAACAUCGAAGUUAUCAGUGCACACUCAAAGAAACCAGUCUCAGAUUUGUCGUGUCUUGUAGCUAACGAAUUCUUAUUUUGUUUUUAUAUCGUAUUACAUUUAUUUUUCGAUAAAC